AUGUCCAAAAAACAAGAAUACAUUGCGCCAAUAAAAUAUCAAAAUAGUUUGCCCGUACCACAGUUACCUCCCAAACUUCUCGCCUAUCCAGAAGCUCCGGAAACAAACCCAGAUUCGUCCCAGUUGAUCAAUUCGCUAUAUGUCAAGACGAACAUCUCUAAUCUCAUUCAACAAGAUGAAGAUUUAGGUAUGCCUGUUGAUUUGAUGAAAUUUCCGGGCCUAUUGAACAAAUUAGAUUCUAAAUUGCUUUAUGGAUUCGAUAAUGUUAAAUUGGACAAAGACGAUCGAAUUUUACUAAGGGACCCUAGAAUAGACAGACUAACUAAGACCGACAUGUCCAAGGUCACUUUCUUAAGACGUACUGAAUAUGUCUCCAACACAAUUGCUGCCCAAGAUUCCACGUCUUUGAAAAGGAAGAGGCGUUUGGACAAUGAAGGCUCGGAUGAUGAAAAUCUUGACGUCAAUCAUAUAGUUAGUAGAGUAGAGGGAACCUUUAACAACACAGAUACAUGGAAACAUCCAGUAAAGAAAGGCGUUAAGAUGGUUAAGAAAUGGGACUUAUUGCCUGAUACGGCGUCAAUGGACCAAAACUAUUUCAUCAUGAAAUUCAUGGGUAGCGCUUCAUUAGAUACUAAAGAAAAGAAAGCUUUGAAUACAGGCAUAUUUAGGCCUUUGGAAUUGGAGGAAGAUGAAUGGAUUUCCAUGUAUGCCACUGAUCAUAAAGAUUCCGCUAUUCUAGAAACUGAACUGGAAAAGGGUAUGGAUGAAAUGGACGAUGACUCUCAUGAAGGCAAGAUCUACAAAUUCAAAAGAAUAAGGGACUAUGAUAUGAAACAAGUGGCCGAAAAGCCAAUGACUGAGCUAGCCAUACGUCUGAACGACAAAGAUGGCGUAGCUUAUUACAAACCUUUACGUUCAAAGAUUGAAUUAAGGCGUAGAAGAGUUAAUGACAUUAUUAAGCCAUUAGUAAAGGAGCACGAUAUAGACCAAUUGAAUAUCACUCUAAGAAACCCUAGCACUAAAGAAGCUAAUGUAAGGKACAAGCUAAGAAUGAAAUUUGAUCCUAUAAAUUUCGCUACCGUGGACGAAGAAGGCGAUGAAGAGGAGGAACAACAGGAAGAAGAUACUAAGGGUGAAUCAGCUGAAGACCUCAAAGAGGAGCCCAAAGAAGAAACGGAGGGUAAGCAAAACGAAGAAAGCAAACAAAGCGAAGAGCCAGUGGUUGAUGAACCUGAAACUCUAAAUAAUGCCGGUACAAAACAAACGCCAGAAAUACAAGACGAAGGCAUUCCACAAGAAGAGUAA